UCCAUGUAAUUCCAAGAAUCAACGUAAAUGAAAUAAUCUAUCGUUAGUUUCUUAUAGAUCAAGAACUAUCGAACGAACGUCUUCCAGUAAGUCGGAUAGGGCAGAGACGAGAGUCCGUCCAACAGAGACUCCAGAGACUGUGGAGUUCGUCUUAUAAAAGUCGAUCGCAGAACGAUUGUUGGGUUAAACAAGCCAUUUCCAGACUAGAGGCGAACGUCGAAUCCUAAGGCGAGAAUUAGGCUGGGAGACAUUUUUGCGAGAAAGCGGCCGGAAAAAUUGGCCAUAAAUUGCACGGGAGAAUGAAAGGCAUAAGGAAUGGGUCGGCAAAAACUACCAUGUAAUGGAAUAAAUAUCAACAGUCCUCGGAACUAAAAAAUGGUUUUAAGUCGAAAUGACAAAAGAAAAAGGAAAGAAGGAGACCUUGUGGAUCUCAUGGAUCCAUUAGCAGAACCAUCAAAAAGAACUAAAAUACAUGCACAAAGAAAAUUUGCUCAAGGAGCAGCUACUCCUGUAUUCAGUCCUGCAACAACACCAGUCAAGGAGAAAGAAAAAGUAAAACCUACAGUAUUUAGAGAAUUAAUAACGCACAGAAGACCUAAUACAGAAGACUUUUUAACAUUCCUUUGUUUUAGAGGCACAUCGAUAUUGCCAUCGAGUCUGAAUUUCUUCAAUACUGCCUCCAAAAAAGACAGGCAGCAAAAUGUCUCGAAGUUAUCCUUGGCUUCGAAUCUUUUUUCCAAAACGAACGCUACGUCUGGAAGAUCCACGCCAACGUUUCAAGCCGAAGAGGACACCACUGCAAUCGCCCUUUCAAAAUCACUCCCAAUCAAAGACAAACCUUCCAUCGUUCUCAAGAAGCAAGCACCCCAAGCCAUUCCAAAGACUAUUAAGCUAAAAACAACCAACUCGGCGAUCCAAGCUCUAAAGAAGAAAUACCAAGAGCAAAGGCUUACCAAGCAGCGACUCAAGAAGAAGUUUAAGCCCACGUGCAUGAAAACGCGCUCGUGCGUUGACGCGACAGAACGGCCACCCGAGGACAAACCGCUGCCCAUUAAGCUCGUGGAAGCGCCCAAGAAGAUGCUCUCUCGCAUGGAGAAUAAGAGGCUCGGGCUGAGGAGCACCGGUCCAGCCGACGUCGAGAAGAAGAUCCUCUUACCCCUCAAGUCCCUGAAGAAGCAAAUACCCGUGAAGCUGAAGAAGAAUGUGCUCGCGCGAGAGGAGACAUCUAGCGUGGAGUCGAUGUCGACGAGGAACGGGCCGAGGAAGGCCGCGGGGAAGCUCGCCACUACCAAGCCAAUACAAAAGAAGCUCUUCGGCAAAAGCAAAAAGUUCGAGGGGAGGCGCGUGACGCGCUCGCAUACAGAUGUCCCAGCCUCGCCACCCCCGACGAGUCUGUCGCGCCGGCCAACGAGGAAGACGAAGGAGGCCGCGGCUGUGUACAUGGAAAUUCUUGGCAGAAAGCUCGUCAGCCCGGAGCUCGAAAACGAGGACAACAUGUCACUCGACAGCUUCCCCGAGCUCCCUAACGCGAGAAAGAUGGCCCAGACGGAGAACGAGAUCAAGGCUAAGGUCAGGUCGCUGAAGGCCGCGGCGAGUGUCGGUCUUACGACCACCGUGCCAACUCCUAAGGAGAAAGAGAAGAAAAUUGUUAGCGGUGUCAGUGGCAACAUCAAAGCCGUAAAAAGAAAGCUCGUAAAACAAGUGCUGCCAUUAAGGAACAAACGGCUUGUGAAGGUGCAGAAGUAUCGCGAAAUGAACAGCGACGAGGAGUCCGUCAGUUCGAAGGAGACGAACAAGGGAGGAAAAGCGACCGUGACUUCGAAAAGAUUGGCCCUACCAAGUUUGAUAAAAAAUAAAAAGUUUGAGAAUCACAAUUUAAGAUCCAGUCGUAGUUCAGCGAUCGCCAAAAUUAAUUCUAAUGCAAAAUUACACGAAUCACAGUUCGCUUCCAUUAACGAUUCCGCGAGAUUAUCAACGAAAAUCGCAGAAUCUCAAGUCGCUGCUAAAGAUGUGCCGAGGGAAAAGAUAACGGCUGCUUUUAAGCGGAAACGCGAUUCCAUUGCCAUUGAUAAAGAUAAGGAUAGGGAAAGUUCUUCGAAGCAGAGAGUCGAGGGAACGAAGAGCAAGGCUAAACAGACGAGUAAUAAUUCUACGAUUGAUUCCGAGGAGGAAACCUUGGGUGAAAUUUUGAAUAAAAUGAAGAGGAAGAGGGAAAUUGAGAAGGAGGAAAGCGCUAGCGAUAUAACGACGAAGAAAUCGACAGAAUCGAAAGCAGCAAAAGCAACGAUGACGACAGCUAUGGCGAUUCAGGAUACAUUGGCAGCGACGAUGAAGACGACGACGACGACGUCGAUGACGACGACGACGACGACGACGACGACGACGGCGACACCGAUUGCCACUGGGACUGCAAUUACGUCUAUGACGUCGACGUUGAGCACCAUCGUCAAGUCCACUACGGUAGAGAUGCUGAGGAGCCAGGCCGUUUCGGAGGCAACGACAACAAAGAUCUCCGACGACGAGGAAUCCUUCCGCGGCUUCACUAAGAAAGCCAUCUCCAAAGUGGUAAGCACCUGCCAGUCGCACGUGAAGGCCAACAAAUUGAUGGAGGAGAUCGAUAUUAAGGCGAACGUGUUCAAGACCCAUGGAAUAGCCCCGAAUAUAUCGUCAGCCUUGAAGGAUCCAAGGAAGUUGGACAUUAAGAUCUCGACGACGUCGUUUCCCUAUAUUAAACCAAUUCAUGAUAAGUUGAUGAGCGACGGAAUAAUCCAUAAUGUAGCCAACGCCUCGGUCAAGCUGGAACCGGACUUUGGAGAUUCAAAGGUAUCGUGCACCACGACGGUGCCGCUCAACAUCAUCGACAUAUCGAAGACGCUGGGCCACGGGCGCAAGGAGCGCGUAAACAUGUCGACGGAGCAGAUCGAAAAGUGGCUCAAUGAGAGUUCCUUGGCCAAGGAGGAGAGCAAGGUCGAGAUGGAGAGCGUGACGAACAACUUCAAGUACGAUCCGGGAUUGAAUAAGCCGAAGAGCGACGUCAUGGCGCCGUCGACGCCCAUUCACGGACAUAUCUCGAUAUCUCCCAAGAUUCAGCACCUCGUGAGGCCGGUAAACGUCACCCUCUCCAAGCUCUCGGAUCGACUGAAGAAAACCUCGUGUGCCAUCAGUUCCAACAGGACGCCCGCUGUCUUCCUCACGAAUAGCCAGAUAUCGUCGGUGAAGCCCCAGACGCCCGUCGGCCCCAAGUCCAAGCUGUCGUCGGACGGGAUCUCGAAGGAGCGGAAAGAGCCUAUCGUUACACCACCUAGCAGGAAAAUGAGCAAGGACUCGUCUUACGGGGAGGAUGCAGUCGACAACGAUGCGAUAUCGAAGUCGGAUGCGAAUUCCGUGGGCGACUCGUCGGAAAGGAAGUCGCUGAGCAGCCCCGAGAAGAAGGUUUUUUUUCAUCAGCGAAAGCCCUUUCUGCCGAAGGUAAAGGAGCGGAAGGUCGCCAGCAGCGCGUCGGCCUUCUCGCCCGAAAACGAAAGUAGCGUGUACGCGUUCGAGAGCGAAGCCGAGGCGCCCGUCAGUACGCCCUUUCGCAGGAAGACUAAAGAGGCUGCCGCCAAAGACAAUCACGGGAUUGCCGAGAAAAAGUGUAAGCCGGCAAAUAGCGAAGCGAAAAAUAAGAGUGGCGAGGAAACAAAAGUGACCGAGCCUUUAAACUCGCCAGAGGAAGCUCGGAAGGACGAAGAAAAGUCGCCUCCGCUGUUAGAAAAAACAACUCCAAAGAACUUCGAGCUUCCGAAAAACUUCGCAGAUUUAACAAAUAUACAGGUGUUACCACUAGACAAACUAACAACAAGUUGGAGUAGCGUAAAUUGUAGCGCUUCGAUAGCCGUGCAAGUCAAUCUGGACGACCAGAAGCAGCAACAAAAACAACAACAAAAAAAGGAACAGUCAACAGCGGAGAGCAACAAGGAAUCUAAUGUCAGCCAGAAAAGUACCGAGAUCUCGACCCAGACGGACGCCAACACGGACAACGACGAUGACAACGACAGCGGACAGCUGUUCUACAUUCCCCUCCAGGCGGUAACGCGCAACACGUCCGCCCAGGGCGGACAGCAAUUGAUCCAGGGUGUGGCGGUGAAGCUGGGUACCGAGGGGCCCACGGGACCCAAUCAGCGCGUUCUCUUGAAGGCAAAACUCGUGACAAAGCCACCGAUAUCGGUAGCCAGAUGUCCACCGAUCGGGACUGUACAGCCGACCGCGAGGUUGCCGCAGAACGUCAACAAUGAACAGAUCGACGUGCCGUCGACGUCCGCGCAUAAUUUGUCGGCUGAGGCCUUGAAGCUUCAGACGCCCGAGGAAAAGGCGGCCAGAGGCACGAACAUCGCGUCGAAACUUCUUAAGUCGGCAAAAGGCAAAGAAAGAAAACUCUUGAGCGAGACGAUAAAGCCAGGGAAGAAGGCUCACGUAAAAGCAAAAAACACUAAUGCUUACGCGCCAAUAAAUAAGACGAAAUUUCCAAAAAUGAGGGAUUCGAAUGACGUGGCUCGUCUCGUAGAGGCUCCAAUUUUUCGUCCUUCGGAGAAGGACUUUCAAGAUCCACUCGAGUACAUCGAGAAGAUACGCCCAAUCGCCGAACAAUUUGGAAUUUGUAAAGUAAUUCCACCUUCGAAUUUUAAGCCGGAAUGCAAAGUUUCGGAUGAUAUGCGGUUCACCGCUUAUAAUCAUUACGUUCAUCGUAUGCUUCAUCGUUGGGGCCCAAAUGUCAAAGAAAUGAUGGCCAUAAAAAAAUAUUUAGCCACGCAGAGCAUAAUACUCACUCAACCUCCAUGGGUCGGUGGCAUGGAAGUUGAUCUGCCGCACUUAUAUCAAACUGUACAAAAUUUGGGCGGCUUGAAAGAAGUCAUCGAAAAGAAAAAAUGGCAAAAAGUUGCGGAGGGCAUGAAAAUACCCAGAUCGGCUCAAGAUCGUAUCACUAAAUUGGAUGACAUAUAUUGCAAAUAUUUGCUACCUUACGAUACCUUGUCACAAAACGAACGAGAUAAAUUAUUUAAAGACGUAGAAGAUGAUUGGAUGAAAAGGGAGAAACAAGAAAAACCGGAGGAAUCGCAGUCCGUUGAGAACGAGGAUGACGAAGAAGAAGAUAACGUGGAUGAAAUAGAGGAAUGCAUUGUAAAGGGUCGCAACAUGCCGCUGAAUGCGUUCUAUAGGAUCGCCCGGAAUACGCAACGCAUGUGGUUUGGCGAGACGCAGCGCUCGACGAACGAAACGGACGGACCAUCGGCCGAGGAAGUGGAAGGCGCAUUUUGGCGGCACGUCGUCGAGAAGAAGCGCCACGUCUGCGUGCACGCGGCGAGCAUCGAUUCAAGCGGCCGUGGCUUUGGCUUCUCCGUCGCCAAGAACAGUCCCUUUGCCCGUCAUGCUUGGAAUCUCAAAGUUCUUACGAAUAACGCUGGCUCCGUUCUUAGGGCACUCGGACCACAGAUGGGCGUGACGGUGCCGACGCUACACGUGGGGAUGCUGUUCAGUGCUUGCUGCUGGUAUCGCGAUCCCCAUGGACUGCCCUGGAUCGAGUAUCUGCACACGGGGGCGAAAAAAAUCUGGUACGGGAUCCCCAACGAGCGAAGCAGCGCGUUUCGGAAGGCGCUGGCUACCAUGUUCCCGCGCUACUGCAAGAACAAGACUAUUUGGUUGCCCUCGGACACGGCGAUGGUGCCGCCCGACAUGCUCGUGAGCAACGGCGUGCCACUCUGCCGGACGGUCCAGGAGCCCGGGCAGUUCAUCGUCGUGUUCCCCAAGGCAUUUACCUCGAGCAUCGGCACGGGCUACGUCGUAUCCGAGAGCGUGUACUUUGCCCAGCAGUCCUGGCUCGAGAACGCCGAGCAGAUCUUUCAGGACAUUCAUGAUAGUUGCGAACCUUCGAUAUUUUCCUUCGAAAGAUUAUUAUUCAGCAUUAUUAAUGACUCGAGAUCUCACAUCGAAGUACUUAAGCAGAUUUUACCGACUGUUAUUAGAAUUUGCGCUAAAGAGAUAGAAAAUCGGAAAAAAUUGAAAGACUUGGGGCUUACAAAUAUGGAAAAACUACCACUGCCAGAAAGCGAAAAGAAACGGAGGGGUAAAAAAGUAAAGAAAGAAGAAGGCGAUUAUGAAUGUGAUAUUUGUCGAGAAAAUUUAUUUGUUUCUGUUGUAAGUAAUCCCGUAGAUGAAAGUAUUUUUUGCCCAACUCACGCAAUACCAUAUAUAGAAAGAAAGAAACAAAUGUUGAAAAAUUGCAUAUUAAUGUAUACGUACAGUGAGAGUGAACUGAACGAUCUUAUUCGCAAGCUGAAGGACAGGAUCGAAGCCAAAUCUAAAAAAACUAAUCAAAUGAAACAAACUAAAUAGAAAAAAAAAAAAAAAAAAAGAAAAG